AGCAACACAGAAACAUCUCUUGCUGAGUAUGAUUUGGAAGGCAAACUUGAAAUGGCAAUUUUAUCAUGUGUGAAUUCCUAUGAUAAAGCGCAAGUUGAGGGGUCAAAGCUUUUGUUUGAGAGAGUGGAUAAAAUAGAGUUACGAGUUGCAAAAUAUUCACCUUUGAAAGGAUCUUCGUUUCUUCCUCUCCCAAAAUGGUUGAGACUUCCAUGUAAAGGACUAAUUAAUAUUCAAAAUUAUGCUGAUAAUCGCUGCUUCUUGUGGAGUUGUCUUGCAGGAGUAAGCCUUCCCAAAAUUCAUCCAGAACGUGUAUCCCACUACAAGUCCAGACAGAAAGAGUUAAAUAUGAAAAAUAUCAAAUAUCCAGUUAAGGUUAAAGAUGUGGACAAAUUUGAAAAACAAAAUAAAGGAAUAAGUGUCAGUGUGUUUGGGUUAGAGGAAGAUGAUACGAUUGUACCACUUCGAGUCACUCCUAAAUUGAAAACACGUCACAUUAACCUCUUACUCCUGCAAGAUGGCGAUGAUUAUCACUAUGUGUUAAUUAAAAAUAUAAGUAGAUUUCUCAGUCACCUUACUACUCGCAAAAAGAGGUUGUUUUGGUGUGAAAAUUGCUUACCUGUUACCUGUUUGUGUUUCUUACAGAAUGGCUGGCGUACCACAAGAAGUGUUACCUGUUGCUCAGGAAGCGAUAAAUGAAUUUAACCUCCUCCACCCGCGCCAAGAAGAAUACAUAACGUGUCAAAAACUGCAAGAGGGUAGUA